GAAGAGAAGAAACCCCAUUAGAGCUUUAUAUCUCUUGCUCCAACUCUGUGGCCGCUUAUUGGCUUGGAUGGAACUAUGCCUGUGUACGUGUUUGAUAUUUGGAUUACACCUACCGCAGUCACUUGCAUUCGAGGAUUUUGCUUCUGAUGUCAGUUUCCAAGCUAUAAUAUAGUUACUGGUAUUUCUGUUUGUUGGAGCUCAUUCUUUUGGAUGCUUGAAACAAAAAAGAACGAUACUUUUAUCAGUUUUCCCUUGAAAACUUGUUGGGAAUAUGCUUCGCUACUAUAUUUCAGCAAUUGCUGAAUAACUUUGACUUGUAAUGCUUUCAACGUGUGCAAUCGCUAACGUGUAAAUGCUUUUCCCCUGGUUAUGCAUCUCGGUUAUUGAACAGUUUUUGCCUUGCAUUGGUUAGGAAUUAGGAUAAUCAUGUUUCCAUUUGUAAAUUAAUGUGGCUGAUUUCAGUAAUCUCAUGCUGAAACCAUCUUAGUUACUGAAAUUCUCACAUGAAUUGGCAAGUUUUACGCCGGCUGCCAGCCUACCACAACUCCCUCCCUUUUUCUGGGCUGGGGAAUGACUAUGUAAGCAUGCUCACACAGGUGGAGUUUCAUACUUGUUCGAAGACUUACUAGUCAUAUUUAUUUCACUUUGUAUGAUGAAUUGAUAAUAUAAUAUGAGCUUAAAUGAAGAAUGUGGCUCGUCGCACAGGGCUUGCCUAGUGCGGUUUGCCUCUUCGAUGUGGUUCGUAGGCUAAUACUGUUCAAGUGUCGGGGUUACCCUGUGAGCACACAAAGGGGCCAGGCUGCGGGUUCUCUUGUCAUCGAAAAAAAAAAGAAAAAAGAAUGUGAAUUUCAUAUAGUUGUACCCAACUUGUUUGGGACUAAAGCAUUAUUGUUGUUGUUGUUGUACCGAAAUUCUCACAAAGUACAUAUUUGCAGGACUGGCUCAAACAAAGAUAGUAUCUCCUCCCAUAAGAUACCAAAUGGCAUCUCAAGUUAACCACAAAGAAGAGACAUUUGAUUCUCAUUUUCCAUGGAUUCAUCGAGAUAAUUUCCCCCCAGCAACACAAUUUGGAUCCAAAUCAAAACCUUGUGCUGCUGUUCCUAUUCGUUCUGUUGCUCCGACAGGUGAACAAAAUGUGGAUGUCAAGUUCAAGGCGAAAUCACAGAAGAUGAAGAAAAACAAGAAAACAUCUAUGAAUGGAAUUCGUGAAACUGUAUCGGAACUUUUGAAAGAGAAACGGUUUGAAAAUAAGUCUUCUGCCUCUAAAAAACCUAAAGGAGAAGCUAAAUGUAGAGAAGCCACUGUAACAAAGAAUCCGAGUUCAGUUUACGGUCGAGCUAGUGCUGAUUUUUCUGGCCUGCCACAGCCGUUUUGUUCCUGUACAGGUGUUUCUAGACGGUGCUACAAAUGUGGAGGUGGGUGGCAAUCAUCAUGCUGUACCACCUCCUUAUCUGAGUAUCCGCUCCCAUUCAAUCCCUCAAAGCCUGGGAAUCGUAAGGCUGGGAGAAAAAUGUCUAAUGGAGCAUAUAAUAAGCUUCUGUGUACACUUGCAACUGAAGGUCAUGAUCUUUCUAAUCCAGUUGACCUGAAGGACCAUUGGGCAAAACAUGGUAGUAAUAAGUUUAUUACUCUCAAGUGAACACGAGGAAAAUUGACUCAAUGUGUAUUAUGUAUAUAUUAUUUUGCCCUCCAACUGUUGCUUCCACCGGUAAGCAUUAAAGAAACCUUGAGUAGUAGGUUGUUAAUAUGUUGAACUUAGUACUUAUAAAUUCUGGUAAUACCAUGCUUCUCCGUAUUAGUCUUUGGAUGCUUCCUUCGUUCUAACAAAA